GGCAAUGAAGUGGUCCGAGCACACUAGCGAAAAUCGAAGCCCACAACCCCGACAGCACUGCAUGUCGAAGUAUAGUGUCGACAAGAUCAACUAACACACAACAGCAGUCAAGAUGGUCGCCGCAAAGAAGCACGUCCCGAUCGUGAAGAAGCGCACUGCGCGCUUCAACCGCCACCAGAGCGACCGGUUCAUGCGCGUGGACCCCAGCUGGAGGAAGCCAAAGGGUAUCGACAACCGUGUCCGAAGACGUUUCAAGGGCCAGGCUGCUAUGCCAAAGAUCGGUUACGGUAGCAACAAGAAGACCCGUCACUUGAUGCCUUCCGGACACAAGGCUUUCCUUGUCAACAACACCCGCGAGCUCGAACUCCUCCUCAUGCACAACAGGACCUACGCCGCAGAGAUCGCCAGCGCCGUCUCAUCGAAGAAGCGGAUAGAAAUCGUCGCACGCGCCAAGCAGCUCGGUGUCAAGGUCACCAACGGCAAGGCCAAGAUCACCACCGAAUCAUAGAGGGUGUACGUUUCAGCAUUGUGAAUGGAAUUGAUGAUGAUGGGACUGCGAAUGGUGGUACUGGCGUCUGUUUCACGGUGCAUGGUUUAUCGUUUCAAUCAGGAAGGCCAUUUUCAU